AUGCCGCACUCCGUUCCAGUACCCCCGACGGGGUUCCAGGCGCUCAUUCUUUGCGGGCCUGGCGUUUCCCUCAACACCUUCACUUCGAGUCCAGAGGAGUUCCCGAAAGCUCUUAUUCCUAUCGCAAAUCGCCCUAUGGUAUGGUAUCCGUUGGACUGGUGCUAUCGCAUGGGCAUAACCAAUAUUACUCUCAUCACCCCUCCUCCUAGCCAAGCCCCUCUCGAGGCCGCUCUAUCACAAAACCCCCAUCUCACCUCUCUCCCAUCGCCAUCGCCGUCCAUCCUCGCGCCCACAGACUUGACGUUGACAACGGGUACUGCCGAACUGCUACGCCUCCCCGAAGUCCAAGCCUGUAUCAAAUCCGACUUCCUUCUCCUUCCGUGCGAUCUGAUAUGUGACAUCCCGGGAGAAUCUCUCCUCGAAGCAUGGAUGGUAUCUCAGAGCGCGCUCGGUGGCUCAACACUUGCUGGAGGGUGGAACACAAACGGCCCCAAGACGAUAGGAAUGGGUGGCGAGGCAGGAGGACGCCGCGGCGGUCUGGCGGUAUAUUACCAGACAAAAGGAAGAGAAGAAAGUGUCAAGGGAGAAGUGACAGACUUCGUCGCUACUGCUCCUCUCGAGCAAGAUGAAGCCCCCGCAGUUUCGCAUCCCACAAACGGACCAGCUGCCGUACGAUUCGGGCUGUCCAAGUUGGUACUCUCGAUGCCAAUGGACACAGUCAAGGAGAAGAUGGAAGAGGAUAAGGGACUGCUCAUCCGCCAUUCGCUUGUGAAGAAGCAUGCCCAGGUAAAGAUGCUCACCAGCUAUCGUGAUGCACACAUUUACGUAUUUCCUUACUGGGUGAAGGAGAUGGCGCAACUCAACGAGAAGUUCGAGAGCGUCAGCGAAGACCUCGUGGGAUGGUGGGCGAAAACGGAUUGGCAAACUGGACUGGCUGAAAAGAUCCGAAUGAACGAGAUAUUUCGAAAAACUCAAAAUGUCGGCGAGAGUGGGAGCCUGGAUGACGAAUCGCUCGAGGAGGAAAUCGACAUCAAAGCCAUGAGCACCACCAAGGCUGGUGCUGGAGACUCCCACGACACAUCAGCGUCCGAGGCCCCGGCCGAAUUUCAAUUCGCCUCACGUGUCCGAAGCUCAGGCCCUGACUCUGGCAUCGAGUCGCCACAAAAAGAAAAAGUCACCCCUCCCCCGGUUCUGGCUUACAUGCAUUCGUCCCUGCCCUCUGCGCCUAUAAUCAGGCGUGUCGAUGCCUCGUCCCUUCUUCUUUCCGUAUCGCUUCGCCUUGCAAAGCUCGAGUCCAUCGAAGAAGUUGGCAAAGUCGCCGCCUCUCCGUUUGCGCACAACCAAAAGGUGGCCUAUCCGGCAGGUGUCGCUCAACGUUGUACAGUGACAAAGAGCGACUGCCUCCUUGCCGAUAACGUUACCGUGGAAGAGAAGUGUGUGAUCAAGGAGAGUGUGAUCGGUGUGGGAUGUCAUAUCGCCAGCGGAGCCAGAUUAACCCGCUGUCUGGUCAUGGACGGCGCAGUCGUUGGUGAACGAUGCCAGCUCACCGGAUGCAUUGUCGGACGCCGCAGCAAGAUCGGACGCGAGUGUGUGCUGAAGGACUGCGAAGUUCAGGAUGGCCAUGGCGUUGAAGAGCAGACGGACGCCAAGAACGAGAAGUUCAUGAGAUUUGAAGGGUUGGAUGAAGACGCCGAGGGCAUGGAUGUGUCUGAAGAUUUCGAAGACGAUGGCAGCGACCUGGGUUUCUAA